CUCUCCCUCAUUGUGCUCUCACUGUCACAGUAUUCUCACUGUCACUGUUUGCUCUGUGCCUCACAAUUUUUAUCUCUUUCAUUGUGUUCUCACACUCACUGUGUUCUCACUGUCACAAUGUUCUCACUGUCACAGUGUUCUCACGCUCACUGUGACUCAGUAUUUUUCUCUCUCUCAUUGUGUUCUCACUGUCACAGUGUUCUCACGCUCAUUGUGUUCUCUCUGUGACUCAGUAUUUUUCUCUCUCUCAUUGUGUUCUCACUGUCACAGUGUUCUCACGCUCAUUGUGUUCUCACGCUCACUGUAUUCUCACUUUGCGCGUGCUCUCUCCCUCACACUGUUUAUUCUCUCUGACAGUAUCCUCUCCCCUUCCCGUCAAGUCCUGGGGAUGGAGCACCCUGCCCGGGUCGAGCGGGGUCGUGGCGGUGGCGGUCGCCGUGGAGGAAGAGGCCGGGGUCGGGGGCGAGGAGCUCGGGGGUUCGGGGAGCGACAACCGGAGCGGGGUUGGCGGGGAUUCCGAGGUCGGGCCCAGACCCAUACCCAGACCCAUACCCAGACCCAUACCCGGACACGAGACGGAGAGCUUCCGGAGUGGCGGCGGCGGCAGCAGCAGCAGCAGCCGGAGCAGGAUGAGGAUGCUAUGGGCAUAAAAGAAGAUUAUGAUCAACCAAAUGAAUUUUCUAGAAGACAAAUAGUUUCAAAUUGGGACAGAUACAAAACUGAAGAAAAGGAACCUGAUGAUGGUGGUGAAUCUUUGCGAGGUACAGAUUUCAAUGUGCUGCUGAGUUCUGCAGAGUGGUUCAUGUAUGGAAUGAACUUCCAGUAGAAGUGGUGGAUCCCGAUACAGUUAUGACAUUUAAAAGACAUUUAGAUAAGUACAUGAAUAAGAAAUGAAUAAGAUAUGGACUAAGCACAGGCACGUGGGACUAGUUUAGUUUGGGCUGUCUGGUCAGUCCAAAGGGUCUGUUUCCAUGUGUGACUAUGACUCUAAAACAGUAAGUUGCACUGUGAGGUACAUGGCUACAUUUAAAACAAUAAAACAAGGUAAUGUUUUUAU